CUCUCCUUCAGUCCGCCUGGCAAGAGCUCGUAGCGGGAAAGGGGUGGCCUGGCUCGCAGCGUCCUGACGACGCCGUGCUAGAAGAGCAGGCUGCCGCCUCAGAAAGUUUGGAGGAGGAGGAGGAGGUCGAGGUCUUCCGUGCACGGCGAGGUAGCCCGGGAGGCAGAACGGCAGCGCGCGGGAAGGCAGUUCAGCUCCUCACCGGUCCGAGCGCAGAGCAUGGGCUAAAAACGAUGUCCCUCUCUCGCGUCGAAAAUCCUUGCUUUCUGCUGUCUCUGUUUGUCUUCCAAGCAAUAUUUAUCCUGAUACUUUACCGAGGUGGACCUUCAAGUGUGUUCCGUGGGUUUUUAGACCCACAUCAGGUUCAGGAUUACUCAAAAACUCACGAUGUGUACACAAACCUCAGCUUGUUUACCCAAGCUCCUAACGAAGAAGCUAUGCCGUACUGCUCCGUGCAGUCUCCAAUAUUCGUUGGUCCGCUAACCAUCACCUUCAGGGUGCUCCCUAGUGAGAGAAUGAUCAUCAAAAAAAAUCCUUUUGUUCAGUCUGGUGGACGCUACAGGCCACCUCACUGCUUGGCCCGCUACAAAUCAGCCAUCCUUGUAGCCUACAGGAACCAGGAGAAGUACCUUCACCAUCUUCUCUACUAUAUUCAUCCUUUCUUGCAGCGCCAGCAGCUCAGUUAUAGUAUCUACCUGAUUCAGCAGGUGGGGAAUGGUACAUUUAACCGAGCAAAGCUGCUUAAUGUUGGUGUCCGGGAAGCCCUGAAGGACGAAGACUGGGACUGCCUUCUCCUGCACGACGUCGACCUCGUACCAGAGAACGAUUAUAAUCUGUAUGUUUGCGAUGAAUACUAUCCCAAGCAUAUGGCUAGUGCCAUGGAUAAGUUUCAGUACACUCUGCCAUAUAAGUCCUUUUUUGGGGGUGUAUCUGCUCUGACUCCAGAACAUUACAUGAAGAUGAAUGGGUUUCCAAACACAUAUUGGGGAAGCGGUGGCGAAAAUGACGACAUUGCUACAAGGAAUGAGCUGGCUGGAAUGAAAAUAGUCCGGACAUCACCUUACCUUGGACGCUACAAAGUGAUGGACUACAAUGAAGAGACAGAGACACAGGAGCCUUGGAGAAGGCCUACUUCCCGACACAACACCAGAAAAACAUGGAAGGAUGAUGGAAUGAAUUCGUUAGAGUUCAAGCUCCUUUCCCGGACAAAGCAUCCCCUUUAUACCAACAUCACUGUGGACAUUGGAUAUGUUCCCCCAUUUUCUUAAGAGAAUGAAACAAAAGCAGAGUUUGGGCUCAGCAUGCAUAUGGGCAUUCUGCCUCUACCUCCUUGUGUGGUGUGGAGUUAGCAACACCGGAGGUGAAUCCUUUUGUCUUUUCAUGCCUUUUGCUUUUCUUCUGACUGUUUAAGAUUUAGAAGAAAAGGCUUCAGGAAUAGGGUAUGAUAGCUAAUAAACAGGCUCUGGCUUACUCUAAAAAUUGUCAAAGCACUAUAAAACUAACUGCUGAGCCAGACCUGCCCUCAGGCCUUAGGGAUCAUGGUCUCUUUCACAGUAAGCUGACCCAAGUUUUCUGGAACCAUUGUUCUGUAGGUGGAUAGCUCUGUCCUGCUUUGUACUUAAGCGUUAACUGGGAUGCAAGCCAUUGAGGCAGGCAGGCCUCCAAAGUGCUGCCUUUUGAGAAAGUGUUGAAGCCAGUUACAGUUCUGUAAAUAUCUUUUGUGAAUUUGAGUAAAAUAAAUUCAGCUAGUGUUUGGGUUAAGAUUUUUCUAGAAUAUGUAAUAAGAGUGUAAUAAAGGAGAAAGCUGCCCUGAUACCAGACAAAACCAGAGCUUAAGUCCUUGUUUUCUUCUGACCUGAUCCAUCAGUGUUUAAAUGGUUUUUACUGUAGCUGUAAGUAAUUCAGGCUGAAGGGGACCCGAGCCUGUCACCUGCUCUAACCUCCUGCUCAAUCUAGUAUUUCAGCUGUUGCUCAAACAUUAAUUAUCUUUCAAGGUUGAUCUGUCUUAAACAUAAAAUACUUUGGAGAAGUGAUAUACUAGAGGAAAAACUAAGUCAAUGAAACAUGUCAACAGUAGAGCUGUGACCCUGGCAGGAAUGACAUUAAAAACAGGAAUGCAUUUGUGCUUACCUGACUGUGAGACUGACACAGUCUGCCCAAGACCUUCCCCUUUCUGUAAUCUUCCUUUCUCCAGGAAGUCAGGCAGUAGCACUGCUGACCAUGUCCAAUUACUUUCCAAGCAUGACAACAGGGUAUUUUUUCUUAGUGCUUGUAGAUACUGAAAUUCCCUGUUCACUGAAAAACUGCAUCUAUCCCAUUACCACCUAAGAAUUCAUUAACUUCUCUACAGUUAGAAUAAUGCAUCAACCAGCUAGAGAACAACCCCAGAAGUUGCUUUUUGUCUUGUACUUCUAAAGAUAUUGUGUCCUAAAAGAAACUCCCCAGACCCUGGCUUUGCAUCUCCCUGCAAGGGAUGCAUAUCCAACAAGCAGGUGUAAGGGCAGUUAGUUAGGUAUAAUGCAGCAAGAAAAGCAAGAUGCUCUAAUCAAGACUUUUGCAGAAAGCCUGCAGCACACUGGAACAAUUAAU